AUGACUGGACUCAGCUUUGACAACUUUCAAAGGAACCAAUUCCUUUCAAGAUCUGGGACCAACACCCCGCAGGCAACAUCCACGGGAACAACAAUUGUUGGAUGUAAAUUCAAGAAUGGAGUUGUAAUUGCAGCUGACACAAGAGCUACGGCAGGACCAAUAGUGGCGGAUAAGAACUGUGAAAAAUUGCAUCGUUUGGCACCAAAGAUUUGGUGUGCUGGUGCCGGAACGGCUGCAGAUACAGAGAUGGUCACUCAAUUAGUGAACUCAAACUUAGAAUUACACUCGAUGUCGCUCAAUAGACAACCAAGAGUUUCAUCAGCUUUACAAAUGUUGAAACAGCAUCUCUUCAAAUAUCAGGGACACAUUGGAGCGUACUUAAUUGUGGCAGGAGUCGAUCCCAAAGGUGCACAUCUAUUUUCAAUUCAUGCUCACGGAUCUACAGAUGUUGGAUUUUAUCAAUCUUUGGGUUCCGGAUCGUUGGCAGCUAUGGCUGUUCUAGAACGCGAAUGGAAAGAAGAGCUCACUCGCGAAGAAGCAAUGAAACUAUGCGCCGACGCAAUCGAAGCUGGUAUUUGGAAUGAUCUUGGUUCUGGAUCUAAUGUGGAUUUGUGUGUCAUGGAAAUUGGGAAGGAUGCUCAGUUGUACAGGAACUAUCUCACACCAAACGUUAGAGAGAGCAAAACUAAGAAUUACAAAUUUGCUAGAGGCACAACUGCAAUUUUGAAAGAAAGCGUUUUCAAUCUGUGCGAGGUCGAGGAGGUUGAAAUUAGAGGAGAUGCUAUGGAGGUCGAUGCCUAA